AUAACCUUAUAACAAAACAAUCUCGAUUCUCUCGACGUAGGGGUUUACCCAAUCAGCAGUUUAGCGUUUGACGCAAUGAAUCACAAAUGACAUCAUUACGAAUGAAACAACAAUCUUCUUGCUUUUAAUCGACGAAUAGUAUCACACUAUGAAAUGAUUUAGCUAAUUAUACGUCGUUGUGUGAAUAUAAAUUACGUUAAAUAACAAAAAUGUUUAAAACUAUGUCGUCUAAAAGUUUCUGUUGUGUAUUAGAUGAUGACAGGCUUUGACAGAAGAACAAAGAAGUAUUUCUUCAAAAUGAUCGCAUCAGAGAUUGGUUCAACGAAUAAUGCUGAAACUAUUCAAAUAACUGGAGAAAAAGUGCCUCUUAUCAGAAAUAGGGGCGUUUUUCAUAGACUAGGUAAUUUGCUCCGGUUUAGAAAACCAUCAAAUGAAGAUCGAGAUGGAUACGUUGAAUUCAGUACUUUGGCUACUGACAGCAGUCGAACACUUGGAACAUUUGCUGGUGUAUUUAGUCCUGUAACUCUAUCUAUGUUUAGUGCCUUAAUAUUUAUACGAAUGGGAUAUAUUGUUGGAAAUGCAGGACUUUUAGUUACUUUAACACAGUUUAUAAUCGCUUAUGGAAUUUUAGUCUUUACUGUAUCAUCUGUCUGUGCUAUUUCAACCAAUGGAGCAGUUGAAGGAGGUGGUGCUUAUUUUAUGAUAAGUAGAACAUUAGGUCCAGAAUUUGGUGGAUCUAUUGGGACUUUAUUUUUUAUGGCAAAUGUAGUAUCAAGUGCUCUUUGCAUCUCUGGAUGCGCAGAAGGUCUGAUUGAAAAUUUUGGGCCAUCUGGUUAUUUAGUGGGAGAACAUGCACUGAUCCCUGAUGGAAGAUGGUGGCGAUUUUUAUAUUGUUCUGUUCUCAACACAGCAAACCUUCUUGUUUGUUUAAUUGGAGCAGCUAUGUUUGCCAAAACUAGUGUUGCUAUUUUAGCUAUUGUUUGUAUUUGUCUUGGAAGUGUUUUCAUAAGUUUUUUAGUAAAAGGAGAAAUGGAGGUAGCAAUCCCAGAUGCAAAUUCUAUUGUACAAAAUUCAACUUACCAUGUUAACGGAAGUUAUACUGGUCUUUCUACAGCUACUUUGAUUAGUAAUUUAUAUUCAAAUUAUAGUAUUGAUUAUACAAGCCAUGGAAUUGUUAGUGAUUUUGCUAGUGUCUUUGGAGUAUUGUUCAGUGGUGUUACCGGUAUAAUGGCGGGAGCAAAUAUGAGUGGAGAAUUGAAAAAUCCAGGACAAAACAUUCCACGAGGAACUCUUUCAGCAGUCUUAUUUACAUUCAUCUGUUAUAUUUUUCUAUCCAUUCUCACAGCUGCAACAACAAGUCGAUUCCUUCUUCAAAACAAUUUUAUUUACAUGAUGCCCAUUAAUAUUUGGCCACCUUUUGUCGCAGUUGGAAUUUUAACAGCUACAUUUAGUGCUGGUUUGAGUAAUUUAAUUGGAUCUAGUAGAGUAUUGGAAGCUCUUGCUAAAGAUAAUGUGUUUGGGUCUUUAUUAAAUUUUAUUAUAAAAGCUACAUGGAGAGGAAAUCCAAUUGGAGCUGUUUUAACAUCUUGGACUUUGGUUCAAAUAAUUUUACUUAUUGGUUCACUGAAUACAAUUGCUCAAAUAAAUUCAGUUCUUUUUUUACUUAGUUAUCUAGCUACUAAUUUAGCAUGCCUUGGAUUGGAAUUAGCUAGUGCGCCAAACUUUAGACCAACAUUCAAUUACUUCACAUGGCACACAGCAACAAUAGGUCUUGUUGGAACACUUGUCAUGAUGUUUGUUAUAAACAGCAUUUAUGCAUCAAGCAGUAUUAUAUUAUGCCUCAUAUUAGUGAUCGUACUUCAUUUAUUUUCUCCAAGCAAAAAUGCAGCAUGGGGAAGUAUAUCACAGGCUUUGAUUUUCCAUCAAGUUCGAAAAUAUUUACUGAUGUUAGAUUCUCGAAAAGAUCACGUUAAAUUCUGGCGACCACAAAUACUUUUAAUGGUUGCCUCGCCAAGGUCAGCUUGUCCAUUGAUAGAUUUUAUUAAUGAUUUGAAGAAAGGAGGUCUAUAUGUUAUUGGUCAUGUAAAAGUCGGCGAAUUUUCCGGUAAAGUUGAUCCAACUAUCGAGGAAUAUCCUCAUUGGCUCAGUCUUGUAGAUCAUAUGAAAGUGAAAGCUUUCAUUGAACUGACAGUUACUAGAACAGUAAGAGAAGGCCUUCACCAUUUGAUCAGACUAUCUGGAAUGGGAGCCAUGAAACCUAACACAAUUGUUCUUGGUUUUUAUGAUGAUGAAGCACCUAAAGACUUUUUCCAAAACUCUCAGUAUGCAACAACAAUGUUUGAAAAUGUUACAACAUAUGCAAAUGGAAAAGUUUUUCCACUCAGACAAUCUAACACUGAUAAAACCGUUGAUGAACUACAAUAUGUUGAAAUGUGCCAGGACGUUCUGAAUAUGAAAAAAAAUUUAUGUCUCUGUCGCAAUUUCCAUAUUUUAGACAAGUCUCAAUUGACCAAGAACUCAAAUUUCAAAUAUAUUGACGUGUGGCCUGUAAACUUUUUCCAACCUUCAGAUCAAGAUCCUUUUGAUACGACUUCUUUAUUUAUGUUACAAUUAGCAUGCAUUAUCAAUAUGGUACCCAACUGGAAAAACUUGCAUCUUCGCGUUUUUCAUUGCGAAGUAACAAAGAGCAGUAGUUCCAGCCUAAAUAUUUCAGAAUCACGCAGUUCAAUUAAUGAAUGUCCAAGAAUUACAAAUGAGCAUAAAUUAAGGAAUUUAUUGAAUAUGCUACGUAUAUCCGCAUCUAUAACGAAAAUACCAGAUUGGAGCGAACAAAUUGGAGAGCUUAAUGGUCGAUCAUUACUGGAGAGUAAAGCUGAAAGUUCAUUUGAAUCAGGUGUUGAUACUGUAGAAAAUACAUUGAGCAAUGUAUCAAGAGCUUAUAUUUUAAACGUUAAUAAGUUAAUUAGACAGUACUGCACACAAACAGCCGCCGUAUUUAUAUAUUUACCAGCGCCACCUUUGUUCAACACAUGGGACAAGGAUAAUUUACGGAGGCAAUAUCUUCAACUUUUAACCGAACUAACGGCAGACUUGCCCCCAACUUUGUUAGUUCACGGCGUUAGCGCUGUUACGUCAACAACUCUUUAACAUUUAAAGAAACAGAAAAAUUAAUAAAAAUUUUUGUUGCUAUUAAUAGACGGAUAAUAAGAGUUCAUAGAAUAAUAGAAGAUUUUUAUUGAUAUAUUUUUUAAAAUGCUUAUAAUUUUCGCUAAAGUUCAUAAAAAGAAUUAUAUUUCAUUCACUUAUUUUUUUUCAAAAGUGAUUUUAAAUAAUUCAAUGAUUUGAUCUAGAUUAUCGGUGGUAUUAAAAAAAAAAAAAAAGAAAAAAACAGAAUCAGAGAAACUAAGUAUUCUUACUUGCAGUGAAAGAAUUUUAUUAUAUGUUCUUCUUAGAAAAUCUGUCAAAGACUGCCACAUUAGUGAAGAGAAUUUGAUAAAUUUUAUAUGGUAAAAUAUUUACAAAAAAGGAAAAACUUGCUGCCCUCUAAUUGACUAAAAGAAAACUUUGAGAAAUAAAAGUUCAUGGUACUUCCGUUAACUGCUCAAAAUAAAAUGUUUAAUGUUCAUUAUAUUCAAGAAAUUAUACCGUUGUUAAAAAAAGGGCGAGCUGUUUUUUCUCUUUAUCAUAAGUAUUAUUUUCUGAGGAUAUUGUUGAUUUUGUGAUUAUUAAGAUGUAUAAUAUUAUAACCAGUGAUUAAAUACUUCUUCAGUUGGUUUAAGUAAAUGAAUUGGAAAAUGGUGCAACUUAUUUGAA